AGAGCAGAGAGCUCAGUGAGAAACAAAGAAGCGACAGAAAGACAGGCAAAGGACUCGAAUAUCAAACCAUCCAGACUAGAUAUGUAAAAAAAAAAAAAAAAAAGAGGCUUGAACAUAGUAAACUAGUGUUUUGUUAUGAGAGAGCAGGUUUUUCUAUUUUUACAUGAAUACCAGUGACAUGAAGUGGCUUCAUUUGGUUUCUCUGCUUCUCGCUGUCUCUACAGGACUGGUGUGUUGCUCGGAGGACGAGACUCGUCUAGUGAAAAAGCUCUUCACCGGGUAUAAUAAAGUGGUCAGACCUGUCAAUCAUUUCAAAGAUGCUGUGGUGGUCACUGUAGGACUGCAGCUAAUCCAACUUAUUAGUGUGGAUGAGGUAAACCAAAUUGUUACAACCAACGUACGGCUGAAACAGCAAUGGAAAGAUGUGAACCUGCAGUGGAACCCAGAGGAGUACAGUGGAAUAAAAAAGAUCAGAGUUCCCUGCACUGAUAUCUGGAGACCUGACCUCGUUCUCUAUAACAAUGCUGAUGGUGACUUUGCCAUCGUGCAUGAGACCAAAGUUCUGCUCGAAUAUACAGGAAUGAUCACCUGGAACCCGCCAGCCAUCUUUAAGAGCUACUGCGAGAUCAUUGUGCUUCACUUCCCCUUCGACUUGCAGAACUGCAGCAUGAAACUCGGAACAUGGACAUUUGAUGGAAAUCUUGUCGUCAUCAAUCCUGAUAGUGAUCGGCCAGAUUUGAGUAACUUUAUGGAGAGUGGCGAGUGGGUGAUGAAGGACUACAGGAGCUGGAAGCACUGGGUUUACUAUGCCUGUUGCCAAGACACUCCGUACCUGGAUAUCACCUACCACUUCCUAUUGCUGAGACUGCCGCUCUACUUUAUCGUCAAUGUGAUCAUCCCGUGCAUCCUCUUCUCUUUCCUGACUGGUCUGGUCUUCUACCUGCCCACAGACUCAGGUGAGAAGAUGACCCUCAGUAUCUCUGUCCUGUUGUCUCUGACUGUGUUCUUGCUGGUGAUCGUGGAGCUCAUCCCUUCUACCUCAAGCGCUGUUCCUCUCAUUGGGAAAUACAUGCUCUUCACCAUGAUCUUCGUCAUUGCCUCAAUCAUCAUCACUGUAAUUGUUAUCAACACACACCACCGCUCACCUAGCACACAUACCAUGCCUGCCUGGGUUCGCAAGAUUUUUAUUGAGACCAUCCCCAAUUGGAUGUUCUUCUCUGCUAUGAAGAGGCCCAGCAUGGAAAAACGCUCUAAAAACAUUUUCACCCCUGAUUUGGACAUCUCUGAUAUCUCAGGGAAGCCGAUGCCCACUGCUGUGCCCUUCCAGUCUCCCAUAACCAAAAACCCAGAUGUACGCAGUGCUAUAGAAGGAGUCAAAUACAUCGCAGAGACCAUGAAAUCAGAUGAGGAGUCCAACAAUGCAUGUGAUGAGUGGAAGUUUGUUGCGAUGGUUCUGGACCACAUUUUACUCUGUGUCUUCAUGGCAGUGUGUAUAAUUGGAACAUUGGGUGUCUUUGCCGGGAGACUCAUUGAGCUCAGUCUUUUAUAACAUAGUUAUGAUAUUAUAUUAAUAAUUAUAAUAUAAGGUGUCUUUGGAGGGAUAAAUAUGCAUGUAAAUUCAUAAUAUAUAGUAUGAUGUGCGUCAUUAAAUGAAAGUUGAUGGGAAAA